CUGCAGUUAUUUCCUUGCCCAGGAGAAAAGCCUCACCGCUGUCAGCUGUGCCCAUUUGCAUCUGCAUACGAGCGUCACUUGGAAGCCCACAUGCGCUCACACACAGGAGAGAAGCCCUACAAGUGUGACCUCUGCGCCUUCCGAUGCAGUGACCGCAGCAACCUGUCACACCAUCGGCGACGCCGCCACAAGCUUUUGCCCACCAGGGUGGCACGCUCUCCUUUCUCCAACAAGAGAAUGCUGAGCGCUUUGCAGAAGAGGACAGCCUCGCUGGGGUUCGGGCGGCGCCUCCUGAUCAAUCUCAACCCGGCCUCCGUGGUGAUGCCAAAAUCGGAUUUUCUGACUGACUUGUCUCACAAAAUCCACCAUUUAAACAGCAGCGAGUAUAAGAACGCUCCCAGGGUGGAUGAGAAGGAAAGUCGCAACAGGAGUGCUAAUGGUUUGACUUAUAAAAACCCACUCGACCAGGUGUCUACACUAGCCGGUCAGUUGGCUGAGCUCCACCCUGAGUCUCAGACUCCCGUGUCCCCAGACAGGGAGUCAAUAAAAGAUGAGAAGCCCAUCCUAAUACAUAAUGUCUCCAGUGAACAGGUUGCAAUGUGCUCAAAUGGAGUGCAGAUAUCAUCACUUAAAAAAGAAUCUCCCACCUCACACCACGAGAACUGUAGUCCUGCUCUGAGCCUUGGCUUUGAGAACAACAUGAACGCUCUGACUGCGUGUGUUAGCAACAGCCAAUCGGGCACACCCGCCCCUGCCCUGACUAUACCAGACCAGCAGGUCGUGUAUAAAUGCCAACAUUGUCAUAUUCACUUUUCUGACAAUAUCCUCUACACUAUUCACAUGGGCUGCCACGGCUAUGAACAUCCAUUCCAGUGCAACAGCUGUGGGCAUAAAUGCGCAGACAAAUACGAUUUUGCCUGCCAUUUUGCCCGUGGCCAACAUAAAAAGUGAUUCCUGACAGCACAGACUUAUAUGGAGCCCUUGUUUUUGUUAUAUUGGUUAUAUUUAGCAACUGAACAUAGUGAGACUGUUUAACAUUUCAUGUUUUAAGUUGUUUUCUUUUUUUUAUUUUACACUUCUACAUCUGCACUAUACUGUUGCCUUACUGCUUUUAUACCUUGAUCCCUACUUUGGGCUUGUCGUAUUAGUUGUGAACGUACAAAACCACAAAUGACACUUUACAACACAUCAUAGUUUGUUGUGAGAGUUAGUUAAUGCCUUGUGAUA